UGGCUGCUGUGAAGACAGAGGCAGAGACGAGGAAGGAAGAAGCGAUGGCCGCGGGACUCCGGCCCGACUCUGUGCAGAUGUCUCCGGCCACCACGUCGGUACUGGAGCAGGUGUUUCAGGUGAUGGAUUACCUGUACCGCGCCGACCUCAAGUACGUCGAUGACUACAGAGCGGCGCUGGUCCAGUCGUUCAGCUUCGUUCCCAGCACUCAGAGCGUCACAUGACCCAGGUGGAAAUCUUCACCCUCAACUUUUGGUGUCUGAACCCCGGCGUGGUGAGUGGUCUCUUCCUCCAAUGUUUAAACCAUUUAAUCAUUUCGUAAAACAGGAAAAUUAUGAGUUUGAUCCUGUUUACUAGAAUGUGAAAAGUCAGGUUUUGCCAGUUUGGAAUUGUCCUACUUGUGAUGUUUGACGUUGGUGAUAUGUCUUCCUUCAUCUCUGGCCACAGACAGUAGGAAACAAAGUUUUCACAGUUUUUGGCCCGACAUCUCAAACUCAUUCAGUGGAUGGUUGGCGGGUGCUGUGGUGUGGUUUGCUUCUUUUUUCCUUUCAAACAUCUAUCAUCUUU